GGAAGAGUUGUUGGCAGCGGCGAGAGCGAUGCGAGAUAAGGGGUAUAGCUGAGUCAGAGAGAUAAGGGGGAACCAGUUAAAUUAAAUACUUUUGUCACCUCAUAGUCGACUUGUAUAUUAAUUUGCUAGAAAACGCCGAGAGAACAUGUCAGUCUUAGCUCUGCAAGAGUACGAAUUUGAAAGACAGUUCAAUGAACAUGAAGCCAUCCAAUGGAUGCAAGAAAACUGGAAGAAGUCCUUCCUCUUCUCCGCGCUCUACGCUGCCUGCAUCCUGGGAGGCCGCCGGCUGAUGAAGCAGAGGGAGAAGUUUGAGCUGAGGAAGCCGCUGGUCCUGUGGUCCCUAACCCUUGCUGUAUUUAGUAUAUUUGGAGCAGCCCGCACUGGAAGCUACAUGAUGUACAUUGUGAUGACCAAAGGGCUGAAGCAGUCAGUAUGUGACCAGAGCUUCUACAACGGGCCAGUCAGCAAGUUCUGGGCCUAUGCCUUCGUCUUGAGCAAGGCGCCAGAGCUGGGGGACACCCUUUUUAUUGUUUUGAGGAAGCAGAAGCUGAUCUUCCUGCAUUGGUACCACCACAUCACGGUCCUGCUCUACUCCUGGUACUCCUACAAGGACAUGGUGGCCGGCGGCGGCUGGUUCAUGACCAUGAACUAUCUUGUCCACGCGGUCAUGUACUCCUAUUACGCCCUGCGGGCAGCUGGCUUCCGGGUGUCGCGUAAGUUCGCCAUGUUCAUCACGCUCACGCAGAUCACCCAGAUGGCAGUGGGCUGCAUGGUGAACUACCUGGUGUUCUCCUGGAUGCAGCAGGGCCAGGAGUGCCCGUCACAUGUGCAGAACAUCGUCUGGUCCUCGCUCAUGUACCUCAGCUACUUUGUGCUUUUCUGCCAGUUCUUCUUUGAGGCCUACAUUAACAAGACCAAGAAGGACACAGAGAGGAAGAGCCAGUAGAGUGGGAAGAGGGAGGGGGAGUGGGAGGGGGGUGGAGGCACAGAGAGGAAGAUGCAGUAGAG